GGCGAUAAUUACGUAGUCCUCUGCUAAGACCGCUGAAGGGGUUUGCUGACUCUACUAUAGUCUGACGACGGCAGGCAACUAUCCAGCCGCUCAUUCUUUGGGCUUUCUUCCAGCGUUGUCUUUUGCUUUGAUGUUCUUGGCGACCUUGGAUUUGCCACGGGCAUGCGGUGAAACGUUCUUGGCUGCAAAUCCACAGCAGCUUCACACAUCACGAGCCAACGCAGCGUAGCUGAACUACCGACAUGUUACGCCUUGAAGCGACAUGUCAAUCCAGCAACUCCCCGGGGACGUUGCUGCGCAGAUCAAAUCCUCAGCAGUCAUUACCUCGCUGAACGCCGUAGUGUACGGUCUCCUUCAGAAUGCACUCGAUGCAGGAGCAUCCAAGAUCGUCAUUUCCGUCGACUACAGCCGUGGCAACUGCUCCGUUGAAGACAAUGGAACUGGUAUCGAGCCGGCCAACUUUCGGGAAGAUGGGGGUUUAGGCAAGCUUCAUCACACCUCCAAAUACCCCCCUCGACCUGACUGUCAUGGAAAGCAUGGCGGAUUUCUAGCCUCUCUCGCGGCGCUGUCAUUGCUUACCAUCAGCUCGCACCACCACGCGUACCGGACACAUAACUCCUUGACCAUACACAACUCUAGGGUGCUCACUCGCAAUCUUCCCGCCCCGCCAGAGCAGCGGGUCUUGGCCUUUGCGAGCGGAACUCGUGUCAGUGUCCGUGAUCUAUUUGGUUCUAUGCCAGUCCGAGUUAGACAGAGAGCCAUCGAAGUGGAACGAGCGGGAACUUCGAGAGAAUUUGACCGCCUGAUAGUCAGUGUCGUCGCUCUUCUUCUUCCCUGGCCAGGGGAGGUGACGGUAUCCGUUCAAGACCUGUGCGCUCGCCGAACAGUGUCUCUUCGGGGAUCAGGAGUGGUUGAUGGCAACGAGAGUAAUCCAAUCCUUGCGCCUCUCACCGUCACUAGGGCAUCAACGCUCCUCGCAGCCGCUUCGCUAGUGGACAAGGAGAAUCUGAAAUUUUGGGUGCCGAUUGGGGCCACCGCUUCUGGAAUCUCCGUGAGAGGAUGCGUGAGUCUCCAGCCAGUCGCUACGAAGCGAGUGCAGUUCAUCGCUAUCGGGGUCCACCCGUUACUGAACGAACAUCGGUCAAAUCUCCUUUACGAUGAUAUCAACCGUGUCUUCGAAGACUCGGGUUUUGGCAUGAUUGAAGAGGCGGCUCUCGACGAAGAUGGGCGCCCAUCAAAGCCCGAGGGCUUCACUAACAAGGAGCUAAAGUCAAGGAGAGGUGUUGACAGAUGGCCCAUGUUCUGUCUCCAGAUAAUACUGGGUGCAGAAGCAAGCGCUGUCGACUUCGGCGAGUACCUUGACGCGAGGCAUCAAAACGUGGCGGUGAUUUCGGAUCUCCUCCAGGUAAUGGCGUACGAGUUUCUAAAGAAGCAUCACUUUCGGCCAAAGCCUAUUACUGCCAUUCAGCGUCUCAGACGGUCGAAAAGCAAACCAUCUGCUGGCGAAGCAGUUCCCGUGAGCCAGCGAUCCGGCCCAGGGAGUGGCGCACGCGAACGCAAUGCACCACAGCGCCUGAGAAGCCAUAGCUCCGAGAGACAAUCGAUAUCCUCCCCUUUUGCCUCGUGGUCUAAAACAAAAUCGACUGUGCCAAGAGACCACGGUACCAAGAAAAUGGACGCUUCUACCCUGGCUUCUCAGCGAGAAAGCGCUUGCUCAGGCGUUCCGAGAACACCUACAAACUCAGAAGAGCCUCUGUUCGGUCACUCUGGAGCCAUUUUACGGAAGCCGUUUGAGGACGUGGACGAUGACCCUCAGGCGGCAGGGGAAGCCUUGUCAGGUGAACCGUCAUCUGACGUUCAAACGGGGACACAGUCGGGAACUGCCAAAGAUGCUGUUGUUUGGGUUGACCCUACAACCUUAAUCAGGUCAUUGAUCGACCCUCGCACAGGAUUCGCCGUGACAACUCGCCGUGACACCCCUGGCAAGAAGACUAAGCCCCAGCCGGCGCUCAGAGAGGAAGCCAAAAGCGUUCCUCGACGUCAAAGAUGCGGAUCUCCCGGACUCACUGAUCCGACUACCAUCUUUCAGCCAGUAGAACAUCGAAUUCCCCGGAUUCUAGGAGAACAUGAAACAACCUACUGCAAUCACAAGGGCGGAACCCGAGACUCGCGGGACCUUGGAGAGCUCAGCGUAGAGUCUCUGAAUGGAACCAUGUUGGAGUCGCUGGAGGGACGAAUCACGAAGACGUCUCUUCGGGAAGCAGAGGUCGUGGCACAGGUUGAUCGGAAGUUCAUCUUGGCCAAAAUAUCCUCGACUAGUCGUGGUCCUGAGGCAGACCGCAUGCUUAUCCUCAUCGACCAGCAUGCCGCAGACGAGAGAUGCAAAGUCGAACGCCUGCUAAAGGCCUACUUCAUUCCUGAUUCGGCCAACAGCAGCAGGCUAGUGGCACAUACACAGAAUCUGGACAAGCCACUUCGGUUUGAGCUUCCGGGGCAGGAAGGAUAUCUCCUCGUUCGGUUCAGGGACUGGUUCACGCACUGGGGUAUUGUUUAUGAAGUGGAACCUGGAGUGUCGCCUGAGGAAAGUAUGACAGUUGUGGUCCGGAGCUUACCAUCCAGUGUCUCGGAAAGGUGCUGCGUCGAGCCUCGUCUUGUGAUCGACUUGCUCCGAAAAGAGAUCUGGGAGCUUCACGGCUCAGGCAGCCGCGGGUCAGCUCGGCCGCUUGUCGUUGGAAGAGACGACGAUUGGGUUGCAAGAUUCCACGACUGCCCCCAGGGUUUGUUGGAUUUAAUCAACUCGAAGGCCUGUCGGAGCGCGAUCAUGUUCAACGACCAGCUGACUCCGGAGCAGUGUUCAGACCUUGUUGGGCAACUCGUAGCUUGUGCCUUUCCAUUUCAGUGUGCUCAUGGGCGGCCUUCGAUGGUCCCGCUAGUUCGUCUUGGUCGAGAAGGCACAUCCGGGCAGAGUAGUAGUGCGGAGCCAGGAGGGGGAGAUCUGUUAAAGGCGUUGAAGAGGUGGAAACAAAGCUCGGCAGUUGAAACGGAAAUGGACACUUGAGUCUUCUAAUUCCUACUAGACACCCUGGAAAUGAAGAUGAAGAUCCGUGAAUCGAAG